AUGGGUCGACCUCCCAGUAAUGGCGGUCCGGCGUUCCGAUUUAACCUGCCUGAGGUAACGGAGAUGGAAGCAAUAUUGCAACAGCAUAAUACAUCAAUGCCAAAUCGACAGAUUCUUGAAGCUCUUGCUGAUAAGUUUAGUGAAUCAGUGGAGCGGAAGGGGAAAAUUGUGGUGCAAUUUAAGCAAAUCUGGAACUGGUUCCAAAAUAGGCGAUAUGCUCUUAGAGCAAGGGGAAAUAAGGCUCCUGGAAAGCUUAAUGUUACUUCAAUGCCACGCGGUGUCGAUCUAACAAAUCAGAUGAGAAAUGUACUUCAACCUUCAGCCAAUCCUAAAACCAUUCAUAUGACUGGAAAUUUACCCGCCAUGACGCCUGCUACUUCCGUGCCCGGUGUCAUGAGGAGUGGUUCAGACAACUCUUACUUGGAAUUUGAAGCCAGAUCUGCCAGGGAUGGUGCAUGGUAUGAUGUGCAAGCUUUCCUAGCUCAUCGAAACUUGGAGACCGGUGAUCCAGAAGUGCAGGUUCGAUUUAUCGGUUUUGAAGUUGAAGAAGACGAAUGGAUAAACGUCAAGAAGAACGUAAGACAACGAUCACUCCCAUGCGAAGCAUCAGAAUGUGUUGCAGUUCUUGCCGGAGAUCUCGUACUUUGUUUCCAGGAAGGCAAAGAUCAAGCUCUUUACUUUGACGCCAUUGUUCUUGAUGCUCAAAGAAGAAGACACGAUGUUAGAGGUUGUCGUUGUAGGUUCUUGGUGCGUUACAGCCACGACCAGUCCGAGCAGGAAAUCGUUCCCUUGAGGAAAAUUUGCCGGCGGCCGGAGACAGAUUACAGGCUACAGCAACUUCACAGCGCUGGAAACGAUUUGGCUAACUCGAAUCAGUUCCAGAAACCCGCUCUCGAUGCGGCUGCAAAAACCCCUCUUUCACAAUCCGGCACAUCAGUUCCCGUUGUUGCACCUGAGCAGAAAGAUCCAAGCUUGAUCGCCGCUCCAGCCACUUCGGUUCAGCCUAGCUCCAAUGCAGCUCCUGUUCUUCCGGCUGGUUCUGCCUAG